AUGACCGUACCAACUAGCACCCGAAGGUGCGGGGAGAUGACUGUGGAACAGGUCGCCGAGAUCUGCCAGGCUCGAGAGCUAUUCAAAAGCCCCCAUUUGAACGCCAAACUGCUGCUGCAUGGACAGGGCUUUACCAAGAUGUGCGAUCUCAGCCAGUACUUCAAUGUUAAAUUCCUCAGCCUCGACUUCAACAUGAUCAGCGUUAUUGAAGGCCUAGAGUAUCUCUCGCAGCUUACAGCUCUCCAUCUACAGAGCAAUCAACUCACGAUGAUAUCAGGACUUGAGCGCAACGUCAAUCUGAGGGUACUCAACCUCAGCGACAACCACAUAAAGGAGAUCGGCGAUGGGAUGAAGAAUCUUGUGAAUUUGUCGAACCUCAACUUGUCCAAGAAUGAACUCAGUGAUUUCCACCAGGCCGUUGAUGACUUGUCGCAUUGUCCACUGACUACACUAGAUCUUGGCAGCAACAACCUGGCUGAAUUCGACUGUCUCGAGGAGUUCUCAGAGAAACUGAAUGGCCUGAGGUGCUUGUACUUACAUAGGAACCCGGGCGUUAGAGCAGUUAAGCACCUCCGCAAAAGGCUCAUUUCGAUGCUACCACAUCUCAACUACCUGGAUGAUAGGUGGUCAUUGAAUCCCUCCAGCGUUGGGAUCGUUGAUGUUAUCAGGCCUGUAUCAGCUUUCGAGCGUCUGGGGGGAAAUAUCGACCGGAGGCAGUUUAUAAAGGAAAGUGAGAUGAGAGAUUCCCAAUGGGAGGAUCGACAAAAACAAAUCACCAGGUAG